ACAGCUCGUCUUGUUGCUCAGUCCUCCAACAGUAGCGAUGGUGGGCAUGAGCGUUCUCCGGUCUGCUGCUGCGUUCGCAGCCAGACUGAGCCCUUUAAAAUCGGGAAACACUGCUGCAAAUCUACUCACCCGCACAAUUCCGCGAACAGACAAAGUGGCUGUCCGCUGGGGUCAUGGAAAGAAGAUGUUUAUCAUCAGACCCACUGACUUCUAUGACAGGAGGUUUCUGUAUUCAUUGCAAUAUUAUAUCCUUCUGACUGGUAUUCCAGUGGCUGUCUUUAUCACCUGUGUGAAUAUCUUCAUAGGCGAGGCAGAGCUGGCUGAAAUUCCUGAGGGCUAUGAGCCUGAGCACUGGGAGUACUACAAGCACCCCAUCACCCGCUGGAUUGCUCGAAACAUGUAUGAUUCUCCAGUGAAGGACUAUGAAAAGAUGAUGGCUGCAGUCCAACUACAAAAGGAAAAAGGAGACAUGAGACUGGCACAGCUGGAAGUGCGCCGACAGAUGAGGCAGAAGGGAGACGGGCCCUGGUUCCAGGUGCCAACCCUCGGCGAGGAUCUCAUUGACAGGAGCCCCAAGUCAUCUCCUGACAAUUAAGCCACACGUGACUGUCAAUCAGAGUCACUGUUUGUAAAUUUUUCCUUUGUUGCAUAAAUAAAGUAUCUAUAUGUACUCUCA